ACCGUGAGGGAGUCGGGGGAGUGCGAGAUCACACCCAGCACCGACGUCAAGUACCCGCAGGGCAGCAUCACUUCGCUCCACAACCAGUGGCUCCUCAUAGGACACCAUGAGCUGCCUCCUGUGGUCCACACCACAAUGCUGCGAGCCUUCCCGGAGAACCUGAGGAAGACCACAGAAACAAUCAUCCCCAGGNNNCCUCCUGCCAGGACCGUGUUUGAUGAUUUCCUGGCCCUGAGCAGCCCAGAGGAGCCGGCCGUCCGCAGCGAGGGGCAGCUCCAGCCGGACUCUGCCCCGGGGGAGCAGGUGGAGGUGUACCCCGAGGCUGGCACCUGGGACCUGGUGACGACAGCUGUUACAGCGCUGCUGGGUGGGGGAGUCCUGGCCUUCCUGCUCAUGAAACGGCAGCAGAAGCACACGGCGCAGCAGCAGCAGCAGCUGGAGAAGCAGAUCCAACUCCUGCAGCAGCAGCAGGAGAUGCUGCUCCCAGGCAGGGUGUCCAGGGAAGGUGUCCCUGCGGAGCCUGGGGAGCCAGGGCUGAGCCAUGGGAGCACCUCAGAGCUCUCGCAGAGCUCCGGCCCCUCCAUCCCAAAGGACCCAGCUAACGGGAUGGUUAGCCCAGAUCUGACUGUCCCAGCAGCUGCUGAAGAAGCAGAACCAGACUUGGUUGUAGUUGGGAAAGUUUCUUUUAACCCCAAGGAUGUGCUGGGCCACGGAGCUGGAGGAACCUUUGUCUUCAGGGGACAGUUCGAGGGCCGGAACGUGGCUGUGAAGCGGCUCCUGCCUGAGUGUGUCCGUCUGCUGGAACGCGAGGUCCAGCUGCUUCGGGAGUCAGACGAGCACCCCCACGUUGUCCGAUACUUCUGCACCGAGAAGGACAGGCAGUUCCACUACAUUGCCAUCGAGCUCUGCUCUGCCACACUGCAGGAGUACGUGGAGAGCCCCAGCUUCGACCGCCGUGGGCUGGACCCAGUGUCCCUGCUGCGUCAGACUAUGUCUGGGCUGGCUCACCUCCACUCCCUCAGCAUCGUCCACCGUGACCUGAAGCCCUGCAACAUCCUCAUCUCUGUCCCGAAUCGCCAUGGGCAGAUCCGUGCUGUCAUCUCUGACUUCGGCCUCUGCAAGAAGCUCCAGGGAGGACGACAGAGCUUCAGCCUCCGUUCUGGCAUCCCUGGCACCGAGGGCUGGAUUGCGCCCGAGGUGCUGCAGGAGGCCCCGAAGGAGAACCCAACCAGUGCUGUGGACAUCUUCUCAGCUGGUUGUGUCUUCUACUAUGUGGUAUCAGGGGGUCAGCACCCCUUUGGGGACAGCCUGAGGCGACAGGCCAACAUCCUGGCUGGCUCCUACCAGCUGAGCUGUCUGCAGGAGGAGGCUCAUGACAAGCUUGUGGCAAGGGAGCUGAUUGUGGCGAUGAUCAGCCCUGAGCCCCAGCGCCGGCCCUCGGCGCCCGUGGUCCUUGUGCAUCCCUUUUUCUGGAGUCACGACAAGCAGCUGCAGUUCUUCCAGGAUGUCAGUGACCGCGUGGAGAAGGAGCCGGCCGAGGGGCCCAUUGUCUCGGCCCUGGAAUCGGGAGCACGGGCAGUGGUGAGGACCAACUGGAGGAUGCACAUCUCCCUCCCACUGCAGAUGGACCUGAGGAAGUUCCGCACCUACAAAGGGGGAUCGGUACGAGACCUGCUGCGAGCCAUGAGGAACAAGAAGCACCACUACCAUGAGCUGCCAGAUGAUGUCCGGGCAGCCCUGGGCUCCAUCCCAGAUGGCUUCAUACAGUACUUCACCUCCCGCUUCCCCCGGCUGCUGCUGCACACCCAUGGGGCCAUGCGGGUCUGUGCCCACGAGCGGAUCUUCCACUCCUACUACUGCCAGGGGCUAAUGGGAGACGGUGCAUGA